UCCGGGAAGAGUUCAUGGUUAUGUGCUUCAGUAGUGACUUGCUUUUCCACCUUAUUUUUUUGUCUCGGGCGCCGAGUGUAGACAAUGUCAUCUUUUGGACAUCUUUAUUUAAGGAACCAUCGGCUGAUGGGUUUGGAACAAAUUCAGGACCACUCGGAUUUGGGCUGUUAGUUUCAACUCCAACCGGUAUCCGUAAUCGAUUAGGAAUAUCCGCAAGGUGACUCGAUUCAGAAGCGAAUAAGGUAGGAUAGUCCAAAAAUUGACAUUUCACACAAUCCCCCCCCCCUCCACCCAAUUUCAGUUUUGUAAUAAUCGAGUUUGUGUUCAAAGAAUGUGACAUCCAUGGAAUGGUAGAAUUUAUGGUGGAAGGAGAAUAUCAUGUAUAACUACACUGGUUCGGGAAUAUCUCAGAAAGACGCGUUUGAAUGACCUAGGAUCUAGUUUGCUACGAUUUGGUUGAUGAUUAUGAAUGAAUGAGGUGCAACCAAAUAUUUUCAGUUAUAACAGGGACAAAAAUCGAAUGUGAGGGAAGCUAGACCGUAGAAAUUGGUGCGGAGUUUUGAAGUCAAUGACUCGGGAAGACAUCCUAUUGAUAAGAUAUAAUGGAUGAUUUUCUAGCAUAUUUGAUGGUGGAUGGAGAAGUGACCGGAAAUGACGGAGGUUUGGAAGAUACCUAUGACGGACGACGGAAAUGGAAGAAACGCAGAAGUUGUGAACGAAGAAGAUGGAGCUGCGACGGAGGAUGGAAAUGGUGGGCUGUGAACGAGGAAGAUGGUGGUCCAAACAACGUUAGGGACGAAGACUUAGGUGGGACAGGUGGUGGACAUGUGACACAAGGCGUCAACGAAGUUCCGAUAUUUGACAGCCGGGAUGAUUACAGUUGUGACGGGGAAGAGAAUAGCAGGGAGAAGACGAAUUAGAUGUUGGAGAUGGAGAUAACAAUGGUGAUGAAUGUGAACAAAUUCGAAAGAUAGGCAUGAAGUCUCCUACAAAAGAUGCAGUUUAUGAUUUCUACAAAAAGUGUACAUAUGUCGGUGUGCACAGGCGAAUGAAAGGCUCCUGGGUGAUUGUACUGACAACUAGUGUCGGUGUGAACAGAGUAAUAGUGUUUUUGUAGGUGUACACAGACAGUACUUUCUUUGUAAGUGUUUGUGUGACAAUAUGGUUUGAGUUUAGUAAUAUGGUUUGAGUUGUUAACUUGUUAUGUAAGAUUACCGAAAUGUAACGGC